AUGGCACCACGACGUCCUCGUGUAGGCAAGCUCCAAGGGAUCCUAUCCAUGCCCGUUGAGAUGUGGCUCGAAAUCUUGAGCUUCCUCAGCCCACAAGACGUCCUACAACUCGCACGAUCCUCGAAGGAUCUUCGCUCGAUAUUCAUGAGUCGGUCGUCGAUCGCUAUCUGGAAGGCUGCACGCAGAACGGUGGAAUGUCCUCCCCCGAUAUCUGGUUUCUCAGAGCCGGCAUGGGCAAAUCUGUUGUUCAUGAAUACUUGCAAUUUUUGCUGUAAGAGCGUCAUCCGCCACAUCGACUUUGUGUUUCGAACUCGAAUAUGUUCAAAAUGCUCUCGCAAGCAUGUUGUGACUAAUCCAGAACUAGCCGACUAUGAUGCUCAGUUGCCCUUGAUCAUGACGCUCUUACCUACCAAAGCGUGGCCAACCCGACGGGUAGGAUAUCUACCCAUUCAAUUUCUGCGGGAAGAAUUCGAGGCCGUCCAGGCUCAGUUUCUUUUUCUUCCAGAAGUGAUGAAGGAGGAGUACCGUCGGGAAAGACAAAGAUAUGUCGAGGAAGUGUCUAGUUUUGUACCCAUCGGCAAAGCAUGGUGUCGAAAGAUGGAAGACGAGCACCAAGCAGAGCUUAAGCAGGUGAAGGCGGCUAGGGCAUCCGCGAAAGGCUGGGAAGCACUCGGUUACGGAAAGGCUUUCGAUUAUCCCGGUUUUUCAUUCGACUUUCGCUACCACCGUCUCGUUAGGCAGCCGAGAGUCCUUACACCACAAGGUGAGAUUUCUCGUCAUCACCUUACGGAACGACGUUCGUUAGUAGUUAAAACAGGCUGGUCCAAGAUAUCUAAUACCCUCAUUCUGCUUGCAAAAGACGCAAGCGAGAAACAGAUACACCAGGAGCGCGUAUCUCAAGUUCGUGAACGUAUCCUUGUGUCCCGAGCAUGUGCACGUCAGGGCCACCGUCGUUCUAUGCAGACCGCCCUUAAGCACACUUCUGUCGUUGAAGUUCGCUUGGCCCUCGCUUGGUCUGUUUUCGAGACAUUUUUCCCGCCUGGAUCACCCUACGCCACUACCAUUCCUUCUCCCAUGGAUUUCUGUACCUUCCGCACAGUCAGAAAUAUACUCGACCUUCCUGACGAUGUCACCGUCGAUGACCAGAGCUUCGUGCCUCUUCUAGGACUCUUCCAUCAACAAUGGAUGGAAUGCACACACAACGAUCUCAUCAGGAUCUCUGUAAAUUCGAGCGACUUGGAGUCCAUGGAGCAAAAGGUUUCCUUCCUUCAACUGGCUCGGAACGUGUUUGUCUGUCGAGUAUGCGUAACUCGUGCCGAGUUGUUCUACCCAGAGGUGUUGGCACACGAGUGUUGUACGCGCACAUCAAAUCCUCCGCAAACGGUCCUCUCAGAGUUGGAUCGGAGGUGUGCGUGGAAUUCGAAUUGCUUGUCUCGACACGAUACCUUAACAUCUUUCAUGCCAACUUUGAUACGGGCAGUCGGUCUUGAUCCAGAAAUAGCGACCGUACGGGAUAUCGAUGCUUUGGAGUGCUACUAUCACUGUCUCAUCUGCCAGAGGUUGAGUCCUUGUUCCGGGGGCUUCAAGAAUAUAUAUGGAUGGCGCUCCUUUGUGAUUCAACACAUAGAUGGCUGGCAUUACUAUACGCAGGUAGGAAUCACCCCUUCUUACCCUGAAGAUUUCGAGAUCCUGCCGUCAGAAAGCAUUGAAUCCGAUCCCUCCAAUGGCGUGCAGCUUGACCCGUCUCGUUGGCGAUGCGUGCAUUGUCGGGAACUUCUCGGACCAACGCACUUUGAUGCAAUUCGAGAACAUCUGUCCAAUAAACAUUACGUCCUUGAACCGACUAUCGAAGUAGAUUAUUAUGAGGACUUCGGGAUAUGUCACGCGAGCUUCAGGGCGAAAGCCAAGAUAGGGACAAAAUACGAAUAA